AUGUGCUAUAUAUUCAAGUGCCACAACCGAAAAUUCUAUUUUCAAGCUGAUGAGUAGGAACUCUGAAUGAAGACUUCUCUUGCCUAGAACAUUAUUGCUUUGGUACUAAAUAAGGAAUAGAUUUGUUUUGCGUAAUUUACUUUUCUUCACUUAUUUUAUAGAUAUACCUCUACUUUACCUGAAAUAUUUUUCUCUUCAUUUCAAUGGAAGUUACCAAAAUAAUUUCCAUCCAUUUUCUGAUAGCAGUAAUGUUUAUUGCUCAUGGGUGUAUCUCUCAGCACUGGUCUCAUGGAUGGCUGCCUGGAGGAAAAAGGAGUGCCGUAAGUAUGGAUGCUUAUUUAGAGAUGAUAAAUGAUGAAGAUGUAAUAACUGACAUUGAGAUACCCAGAUAUCAAUAUUUAUAUCAGAGGGCAAAUAUUCCUCAAGCUAUUAUACCAGACCUCAAUGACAGAAAAAUUCCAAAAAAGAGGAAGCUCCAAUCAAACUUGCAGCAAAGUAUUGACUGACUUCAUCACAAUUGCAUUUUAUGUUCAAAUACACUUCCCAAGCAGAGAGAAUUUGUUCAAUAUUUUGAUGGAAAGAUUUAUGUAAGAUGUAUUGAUAUGUGGGAAACUAUAUAAAAUACUUCACAGUAGCUAAGUUAUAUCACUACUACAAAGAAUAGUUCAAGCAUAGAUAAAUACUAGACUAUUUCCAUUGCCUGAAAGAUGUGCUGUUUCCUUUUCAUUUUUGAUAAGCUGUUACAUUCUGUAAUUAUUUCGCCAAAAGAAACAGCUGUAAGCUUCGGAAUGAAAUGUGUCAUCCUCUUAAUUGACCAUUUAACAUUCUACCACAGAAUAAUUUUUUCUGGUAAUUGCCAUUUUUAUAACAUAAUUUACUCAAAAAUGUCUUGACAAGCAAGUGGAAAUAUGGCUAAGUAAGCUUCCAGUAAUACUUCGAUAAUUACAUAUGUUGUUUGUGAAACGUAUUAUAAAUCAAGGAAAUAGAAACCACCAUACUCAAACCAAAUUUACAUUCCUUCCAAAAGCAGCAGCAUAUUUAUAUAUAAUAAAAUUGUGUCAGAUGUGAA